UAAAAAUUACCCCCCUAAUUAAUUCAAUUAAUUAAUAAAAAAAAUAGAAUAAAAACGCACGUCUAUCAUCAAUGGAAUAUGACUCUCCUGUUCCUAGCAGUCCUCCACAAUACUAAGUCCUCGUAGUAUAUAUAAACACCCAACUAUGUGACUCUAUUUAUUAUUAUUACUCUCCAAUUUCUUCCACCACCACCAUUUUUCGUGACCUUCACUCAGUUAUUCUCUUUCUACUUUCUCUCUCUUCUUACUUUUUCUCUCUCCUCUGAGAAAAAACUAUCAAACUUCCAUGGAAAUGGAGAUCAGUAAGAUGACAAUGGAGAUAUUCUCCAAGCUCGAGCAGCAAUGGCUUUCAAGUAAUAACAGCAACAACGGCGGAACCGCGAAGAAAGCGAGGAUACUCAGCAUCGACGGCGGAGGAACCUCCGCCGUCGUUGCGAUUGCCUUCUUAGUUCAUUUGGAGGAGGUGAUUCGUUUGAAAACAGGUAAUCAUGAUUCACGAAUUGCUGAUUUUUUCGAUAUUGUUGCCGGAACUGGAAUCGGCGGCCUUCUCGCGGCGUUUCUCACGGCGGCGGAUUCUACCGGUCGUCCGAUGUUUACGGCGAAGGAUGCGGCGAAAUUCCUCGUCGGAAAUUUCUCGGCGAUGUUUAAGCCGAAGCGCGGCGGAGUUCUCCGUCGCCGGAAGUCUCGCCGAUGCUCCGGUGAAAGUCUCGAGAAGGUUCUAAAAGGAGUUUUCUCGAAGAAUGGGAAGAAAACUCCGAUGACGCUGAAGGACACUUGUAAGCCGAUCCUUAUUCCGUGUUACGACCUCAACACAUCUGCGCCGUUCGUUUUUUCACGCGCUGCUGCUAGCGCGUCGGAGUUUACGUCACUUGACUUCGAGCUUUGGAAAGUGUGUCGCGCUGCAAUGGCGACGCCGUCGGUGUUUGAGCCGUUUGAGUUAACGUCCGUUGACGGUAAAACGGCGUGUUACGGCGUUGACGGUGGUUUAGUGAUGAAUAAUCCGACGGCUGCUGCCGUUACUCAUGUUCUGCAUAAUAAGGUUGAUUUUCCGUCGGUAAACGGCGUUGAAGAUUUACUGGUGUUGUCUUUAGGUAACGGAACGUUGAGUAGUAGUGGAAAAUUAACCGUGAGCAGUAAAAAUGGGGAAUGUUCAACUGAUUCUGUUGUUAAUAUUGCUGUUGACGGUGUUUCCGAGACAAUCGAUCAAAUGCUAGGCAACGCGUUCUGUUGGAAUCGUAACGAUUACGUUCGUAUUCAGGCAAACGGACUUGGAGGAUUAGAACCAACGACGAUGGAGGAAGUGUUGAAGGAGAAGGGUGUGGAAUCGCUAACAUUUGGUGGGAAACGCAUGUUGGCAGAGUCGAACGGGGAGAGAAUCGAGGCGUUCGCACAACGCCUCGUAGCUGCAUCAGGAAAGAGCAGUCUGCCACCUAGUCCAUACAAAUCUCUGAGUCCUAUGCUUGAUGGGCGUUAAUUAAGGCGUUAAUCACAUUUUGUCUGGUCGAAGUACCUGUCAUUAGUUAGUAGUGUUUUUUGUGCCCCGUUAAUGGUGGUGUAGAAUAUAGAAAUGCAGUUUGUAAGAUUGGAACCUACCUCAGGUUUAAGUAACCUGCUACUAACUCUUUGUGUAUGCCAACGUAGGUGUGUGAAAUCUAUGACUAUAUAAUACUCUCUAAAUAGAGCUUCUCUUUCUCUAAGCUCUAUCUGACUAUGUAAUUUAUAUUUCUUUGUUUUUGUAAUCCAAGUGAGAAAAAUAUAGGGUCGAUAAGAUCCAGAUUAGUAACUGAUUA